AUGGGUCGUGUCAUCCGCAACCAGAGGAAGGGCCGUGGCUCCAUUUUCACGGCCAACACCCGCCUGAACAAGGCCCCUGCCCAGUUCCGGACUCUCGACUUCGCUGAGGCCCACGGUUACACCCGUGGUGUCGUCAAGGAGAUCAUCCACGAUGCCGGCCGUGGUGCUCCCCUCGCCAAGGUCCAGUUCCGCCACCCCUACAAGUUCAAGAUGAUCACCGAGACCUUCAUCGCCAACGAGGGCAUGUACACCGGCCAGUUCAUCUACGCCGGUAAGAACGCCGCUCUCACCGUCGGCAACGUUCUCCCCCUGGCCUCCAUGCCCGAGGGUACCGUUAUCACCAACGUCGAGGAGAAGUCCGGUGACCGUGGUGCGCUUGGCCGUACCUCCGGUAACUACGUUACCAUCAUUGGCCACAACCCCGAGGACGGCAAGACCCGUGUCAAGCUCCCCUCCGGUGCCAAGAAGGUCAUCAAGAACACCGCCCGCGGUAUGGUUGGUAUCGUUGCCGGUGGUGGCCGUACCGACAAGCCUUUGCUCAAGGCCGGUCGUGCCAAGCACAAGUUCGCCGUCAAGCGCAACUCUUGGCCCAAGACUCGUGGUGUUGCCAUGAACCCCGUCGAUCACCCUCACGGUGGUGGUAACCACCAGCACAUCGGUAAGGCCUCGACCAUCUCCCGCUACGCCACCCAGGGUCAAAAGGCCGGUCUCAUUGCCGCCCGCAGAACUGGUCUGCUCCGCGGUACCCAGAAGACCAAGGAUUAAGUCUGCUUUUUCUUGGAGUUAUUCUUGUGACGGGUUGAAAACGGAUUUCUGCUAUGAGACAAAUGUACCUAGGCGACUGCAGAUG